GAAGUUUGAAGCCUGAUAACAGUAGAGCUGUGGCUGAGCGCUGGCUCCAUUUCUGGAAAUAGGCAACAUCAGGAACCACGAGAACUACCCAGUAAAUAGUGCUCCAGGGCUUCCAAAGCAGCUGAGGACAGGACCUUAAGGACAGUAAGUGCUGAAGUAACUGGCACUGAGAGGAACGGAAAAAGAUGGCAGUCCUUAUUUGAAAGAAUUAAACGCAUGGACUCUCACUGAUAAGAAACCAUGUCAAAAAAAGGACGUAGCAAGGGCGAAAAGCCUGAGGCACUGAUUGUUGCCCUACAGGCUGCCAAUGAGGAACUCAGGACCAAGCUAACAGACAUUCAAAUUGAGCUGCAUCAGGAGAAAUCUAAGGUUGCUAAACUGGAAAGAGAGAAGACUCAAGAAACUAAGCGGAUCCGAGAAGUGGAGCAGCGCAAACAGACCGUGCAGAUCACAGAGCUCAAAGCCAAACUCCACGAGGAGAAAAUGAAGGAGUUGCAGGCCGUGAGGGAGAACCUCAUCAAACAGCAUGAGCAGGAAAUGACGCGGAUGGUGAAAGUGCGAGACAGUGAAAUCCAGCGCCUCAAGUCAGCGCUGUGUGCACUGCGGGACGGGAGCAGUGAUAAAGUAAGGACAGCGCUGACUAUUGAGGCUCGUGAAGAGGCCAGAAAACAGUUUGACUCCGAGCGCCUUAAGCUGUUGCAAGAAAUUACUGAACUGAAGUCUGCCAAAAAGCAGGUAGACGAGGCCCUUAAUAAUAUGAUCCAAGCUGAUAAGAUCAAGGCAGGUGAUCUUCGGAGUGAGCAUCAGUCUCACCAGGAAGCCAUCUCUAAGAUCAAGUGGGAGAGUGAAAGGGAUAUCCGCCGCCUGAUGGACGAGAUCAAGGCUAAAGACAGGAUUAUAUUUUCCCUGGAGAAAGAACUGGAGACGCAGACAGGCUAUGUGCAGAAGCUGCAGCUGCAGAAGGAAGCUCUGGAUGAACAGCUCUUCUUGGUGAAGGAGGCAGAGUGUAACAUGAGCAGUCCCAAGAGGGAGAUCCCAGGAAGGGCCGGAGAUGGUUCGGAGCACUGCAGCAGCCCUGACUUGCGCAGAAACCAGAAGAGGAUAGCAGAAUUGAAUGCCACCAUCCGGAAGCUGGAAGACAGGAACACGCUGCUCGUUGAUGAACGAAAUGAACUGUUGAAGCGCGUCCGAGAAGCUGAAAAACAAUGUAAACCUCUCCUGGAAAAGAACAAGUGCCUCACAAAGAGAAAUGAUGAGCUGAUGCAGUCUUUGCAGCGCAUGGAAGAUAAACUCAAAGCAAUCACUAAAGAAAAUAUAGAAAUGAGAGAAAAAAUGACAUCACAUCCUCCUCUAAAGAAAUUAAAAUCUCUCAAUGACCUGGAUCAGGCAAAUGAGGAACAAGAAACUGAAUUUUUAAAGCUUCAGGUUAUAGAACAACAGAACAUAAUUGACGAGUUAACAAGGGAUAGGGAAAAACUCAUUCGUCGCAGAAAGCAUAAAAGGAGUUCAAAGCCAAUUAAGAGACAUGUGGUAGAUACAGUUUUUGGGUAUGAUGAUGAUUCCAUGGACUCUGAAACAUCCUCCAUGGCCUCAUAUAGAACAGACAGAACACCAGCAACCCCAGAUGAUGAUUUGGAUGAGAGCUUAGCAGCGGAAGAAUCAGAGCUGCGGUUUCGACAGCUGACAAAGGAGUACCAGGCCCUGCAGAGAGCUUAUGCACUACUGCAGGAGCAGACAGGAGGCAUUAUAGACGCUGAAAGAGAAGCCAAGGCUCAGGAGCAGCUCCAAGCUGAAGUCCAGAGAUACAAAGCCAAAAUAGAAGAUCUGGAGAAAACUUUGGCACAGAAGGGGCAGGACUCGCACUGGGUGGAAGACAAGCAGCUUUUCAUUAAGAGGAAUCAAGAGCUUUUAGACAAGAUAGAGAAACUGGAAGCAGAAAACAACCGUUUGCAACAGGAGCUGCAGGAUGCCCGAGACCAGAAUGAGCUGCUGGAGUUCCGCAACCUUGAGCUGGAGGAAAGAGAGAGACGGUCCCCACCAUUUAACCUUCAAAUUCACCCAUUCUCGGAUGGUGUGAGUGCUCUACAGAUCUACUGCAUGAAGGAGGGGGUUAAGGAUGUCAGCAUCCCAGACCUCAUAAAGCAGUUGGACAUCCUGGGUGAUAAUGGGAAUUUAAGAAACGAAGAGCAAGUGGCCAUAAUUCAGGCUUCCACUGUAUUGUCCUUGGCAGAAAAGUGGAUCCAGCAGAUUGAGGGAGCUGAAGCUGCUCUGCACCAGAAGAUGAUGGAACUGGAAAGUGAUAUGGAGCAAUUUUGCAAAAUAAAAGGUUAUUUGGAGGAAGAAUUAGACUACAGGAAGCAAGCUCUUGACCAAGCAUACAUGAGGAUCCAGGAGCUUGAAGCCACCUUGUACAAUGCUUUGCAGCAAGAAACAGUGAUAAAGUUUGGGGAACUGCUCACUGAAAAACAGCAGGAAGAGCUGAGGACAGCAGUAGAAAAACUAAGACGUCAGAUGCUGAGGAAAAGCAGAGAAUACGAUUGCCAGAUUCUUCAGGAGAGGAUGGAGCUGCUCCAGCAGGCUCAUCAGAGGAUCCGAGAUUUAGAAGAUAAAACUGACAUCCAAAAGAGACAAAUCAAGGACCUGGAGGAAAAGUUUCUAUUUCUAUUCUUGUUCUUCUCUCUUGCCUUUAUUCUUUGGCCUUGAUGUCAAUGUGCCUCUUGGAAAGGAAGGGCUUCCUCCGAAGGGAACCAGUCUGCGCUUGCCUCAUUGUUGGCGUUGAUGAAAGUUCUGGGGUUGAAACUGCGAGCACGUCACCUGCUGUCGUGUCUCCUGUCACGGCUGAAUUUUAGGCAGCUUCUUGAAACUGACAGUUUUCCAUGGGCCAGGGUAUAAAUAUUCAUCUGAAAAUACCUGUGGAAAUUUUUAUGGACCAGAGGGAUAUAUCUUGCAGUGUUCAAAUGGAGAGGCCUGGCUCGUGCUUAAAUUCAUAACUAAGUCCUUGCCAAAAUACCCAGAAUUUUCACAAAUGCCUUUCACACAGACAAACAGGAACAGUCUGUCCAGUUAGCUGAUAUUUAUAAGAACAGAUCUCUUCAGUUGUCUCAUUAAUAGACUCCAUCCUCUCAGAUAGAUAGGCAGGUAGAGGAACUUACCAAUUAUCUGAUAUAGAUGUUGUUGUUCUUUUUAUUUUUAGAGUGCCAGACCACACAGAUAAGUCCUUAGAAAGGCAAAUGCUUCCAACUCCCCCCCGAUGAAGAGAACGUUGUUUACACUUAUUUAAAAAAACCACAAAUGAACAACCUGUAGCCAAGACUGCAACCACCUUAUAUUUUAAAGCCAUCACUCAAGAUUUGUUACUUGACAGUUCCUAUCUAAAGCUAUGAUAUAUGCUGCAUUUAAUGAAAUUCUACAUGUCAAAAUUAAAAAAUGGGGAAGAAAAAUAAAUGGUGAACGUACAUCACUUAGGAAAAACUUAAAGGGAAUCAGCGAGGAACCACUUUCAGCUGAUCAAGUCAAAGUGUGUCUUGGGCAUGGAACCAAAGUUACCACAGAAAAUCUAUCCCUGCCAUGCAGGGCGGUCAUUUUAAAUGUCACGCUGUCCUCCCAUGGACGGAUCAAAAUAGCAGGACAGAGCAGGAGAAACACUUUACAAACUGUGAGGAGGUACCGACAGUAAAACAUUCAGUUUCAAUAGUCUGGCUUUCUUGCUACAGGGACGCUUCCUCUCUUUUGGCCUUACGCUCAGGAACAAUGACAGCUGCAAUGUGGGGGGAAAAAAGGAAAAAAAAAAAAAAAUCUGGUUUAUGGCACGAUGGCAGGACCGGGCACCAUGUUUUGCAUUUGAGAUCAUACCGGAGCACCACUCCACGCGGCAAAGGAAGGGAAGAAGCAGGUGUCUGGCUUAAGGAGGAUUUCUGACAGAGCUGUAGCCUUAUCUCUCUUCACACUCCCUCCGUGAAGACCAGCCCGUCCAUUGUCAGAUACUUUUCAUACUCUUUAAAAACUGCUGCAGAGAUAGCAACGACCAUACUUGGUUUCACCAUUUGAAUAAUAUACUGUGGAUCACUGGACUGGGCCUACCGAGUGGCUUCUGGGAAGGAAAAAAACGUGUUGGAGGGCAAGAGAAAAAAUACCUAACCUCAGUGCCCGUAUGAUCUGAUCCACAAAGCAUCAGCUUCCAAAUAUUUUGUCUCAACCUGGAUGCUACUGAACAGAGGAACCCUUACAAGCAUUUUGGUUUGGCUUGUCAAACUGAUUUUGUUAGCUGGCUUACUAACCAAUGACACAUAAACCAAAAAUGGGGGAAAACUGUGCGAAAUUCAUCCUCGUUAGAAGUGUGAAUAUGUACCACUACUCUGUUUAGAUUUUUCCACCAUUAAGAGUAACUAGAAGGAGUUUGCAUUUCCAAGCAUUGCUCACCUCUCUGGCCUGGGACUCGGUCUGAUGCAAGGAAGCAGAGCACCAUCACAGCUGCAGCCUUAUUAGAAUCAAUAAGAAACAAACCUUGAGGAUUGUCAACACCUGCAACAAAUAUUGAGAAAAGAAGUUCCUACAUCUGCUGGGAGCAAACCAGCUGCAUUCAGCUUCCCUUAUCAAUGUGCUGUAUGAGCUAGGCAAGAUACUGUACUCAACUGUGUCUCUGUUUUCAUUUCCCUGCAAAUGGAGUCUUGUCUGUUUAAACUUCAGGUUCCUGUAGCAAGGUUCAUUGUUGAGCUGUGUCUUGCACAAUGGAGGUCUUAAUUUUAUCUGGGAUUAAAAUGGAAUUUGUUAGAAAAGAGAAAACUAAGGGCCAGAAUACAGCCUGCGCAUUACUUAAACCUUCAGAACAGGGCUCACGUGUACCAGCAGCUUAUGCACACAGACCUUCAUAUCAGAAGCUUUAAGAGCGCUUUACAGACAUAGUCUCUUUUGUUUGCUUUUUUAUUUUUACAGAUGAAGCAACUGAGACACAAAGCAGCGAAGUAACUUGCCACAAUGGCUCAGCAGGUCAAAGGCAGUUCCUGGACCAUAGCAGGGAUGAAGUUCAUCUAGUAUAGAGGGUGCCUGUCCCUCACAGAUAUUUUUUGGUCAGAAUAUCUUUUAAUCGUUAGUGUCCAGUCACCCAAGUGGAUUGCAAUGCUGGGCUCCGUUUCGCCACAGAGACCCCCGACAUCCUCAUUUCUUGCAUGCCAGGAGGUUGUGCUGAGCCUUGCAUCGAAGUUUAGAAGCUAUUAGCAAAUGAUUUUUUUCUCUCCUUAAAAUUAAUUUAAAUUACAAAAUGACUGCAACUUCUAGAAGCAGUCUGUUUUAGCCGAGGGGUUUAUGCCUUCUGCACCAGCUGUAGGUUAUGUUAAAUGAAUUCAGGUCCAUUGCAUGCUCUUUGUUCAAAUUCUGUCUCCCCACUCUGUGCACAAGGCUGGGCCAGACCUACCACAGGUGCUCUGCGAGGGUGCUGCUAGCAGUUCAGCCCUGAAGCUUUGGAGUCAGGCCCUUUGAGAGUCUCCCCACACACCUGUGACGUGUUCAGAUCACUAAGCAGCUUAUGCAUAAAAGAAAUACCUGUUUCAGGCAAUCAUAGAGAAGGUUCAUGGCAUAGAUAAAAAUGUCUAAUUUCAUGACACACCUGACUAGUUUUGUGGCUGGCUUCAUCAGUUAGGCCCUCUGAACCGUGCUGUGCACAUCUUCCUCUCGUUUCUCUUUUUUGCCCUGUUUCCCCUUCUUUAUUCUUAUAUAUACAUAGUCCUACCUAUGCAUGCAGGUGCUCCGUUUCCAAAGGCUCCAGAGCUGGCAGACAAUUCACAGCUUACCUUGGUGUGACUUGUAAAGGGUCUGCAGACUUUUAAAGAUUGCUGGAUUUCCUCUGGAGGUCUGAACGACAGCUGCUUUACUCUCCUUGCAGCAUAACACAAGCCAUGCCUAAAACACACUUGCUGAUGUGAUUAAUACAAACUUUCUACUGUCAGCUAGAUCAAAAUGAGUUCGAUGUUUGUGGGUGUAUAUAUAUAUAUACACAUAUAUACAUAUAUAUAUAUCCCUAUUGUAUAUAGUAAAUCACUGCUAUAGCAUAUGAAAGUGUACUUCCAAUCUAGGCAUGAGGAACUGAACCUAGAAUUGCUUAGCUGCCCCAACUGGUACACUCCUCAUUAGUUUAGUUUUACAUCUUAUGGGCAACUAGAUUUUGGUUCUGGUUUUUGGAGUUCUGUUUUUAGCUGUUCCCUGUCUGGAAGCUGUUUAUCCAGGGCUUUCUGUUGUUCCUGACAUUCAGUGACGCAAAGUAUUGAGACUCCUCCCUCAAAUUAGUCACUGCAGCCAACCUCCCCUCCUUGAAACCAACCAGCAAAAAAGAUCAAUUUAUCCUAGCUUUUGAGGACUGCAGCGUAGCCCUGGGUUCCUCCACUCCCUCUGCCCUAGCCUGCAGCAGGAGCACCGCGCUCCAGGCUGCUGACACCAUCAAAGCAGUAGAUGAGGCACAUACAUGUGGCAAGUUGGCUUGAACAAAAUUUGACUUGCCAUUUUUUUCUCCACUGAUCGAGUCAGGAGACUUUACCAGUGGGUCAGACCUUCUAAUUUAAGCACUUCAGAUGAAGGUCUAGUUAGGGGAGAUGAAUUCAGGCAAUAGGGUUAGCAAAAGGAAAAAAAAGGCCUUCUGGCAGUAUUAUAAGGCUGGCUCACAGCCCCAUCUGCUCUUAUUGACAUGCCAUGGGGACGCAGCACUUAGGUUUUUCUUUUUUUUUUUUGUACGUGUGCUGCAUUUCCAGCGCCCUGCCCUAACCUCAGUGGGGAAGAUCCUCUGAACCCCCAGAGCGGGCCGUUCGGCGGCAUCUCCUGAGGACGGACGAGGCCAGGCUUUCCUGCUUGCUGGGGCAGCUUCAAAUACAGCCACACACUUGCUGGUGACUCAAAGGCUUCCUCCCCCCUCCCGUCUUUCCUCACAUCA